AUGUCUUGGGGGUUGGCAGCGCUGUGUCUCCUCCUCCUGCAUGCCGGAGCUCUGGGGUUUGGGAUCCUGCCAGGAAAGUCUCUGAGUCACCUGGAAAUCACAGAGAGCGCCAUUUUAAAUGUCACCGUGGAGGUGUGCCGCGCUCUGGCCAAGGCAGAGGGGACAAACUUUGAUCCUCCUCCUUACACUGACGGAGCUGUGGCUGUGGCCUGCGGUGCAUCAAAGUCGUCCAAGAGUUUCCGGCGGGCGAUGACCUUCAUCAUUCUGAGGAAUGUACGCGUGGACCUUCGUCAUGCCCUCAAUGCAAGCUUCCACUUCGAUGAAGAAAUGUUUCUUCAGGGAAGGAAAAUCAUCGCUGUGGGAUUACAGGCCGUCAAAGCGAGCAACAAGCAGGAAAACUUUGAGGCGGCGAGGGAGAAAGUUGGAGAGAUACUACAUCCUUUACAGGACUUCUACAGUCACACAAACUGGGUGGAGCUGGGCAACAAACUCCCAAACCCCAAUCUGCUCAGAUCAGACACCAGCAUCGGGAACAUAGCAGAUGAAAGCAGGGCGACGUGCCGCAACUGCGUUGGAGACGACUGCAGGAACAACAUCCUGGAUGACGUCAUCGAGCAGCAAAUUCUGACCUCGGGAUAUUUUGGUAUAGUGCCCAUCACCUCAACCAAACCAAAAGGAAAAUGCAGCCAUGGAGGAGCAGUUGAUCAAACCAGCACCAUCGAGCCGACAGGAGGGAUCAACAAGGACACUUUUGAUGCCAGCCACGGACACCUGCACACCACGGCAGCUAACAUGGCGAUCGCUGCGACCAGUCAGCUGCUGGAGGACGUUCGACGGGCUGCUGGGGACAAACAGUUCCUCCAGAUGGUAGGAAUCUCCAAAGGAUCCAGUAAAGCUCUUUGUUUUGUUGUUGACACCACAAAAAGCAUGAGCGACGACAUCGCAGCAGUGAGGGAGGUCACGGCGUCUAUAAUCGACAGUGAGGUGGGGACAGACAACGAGCCAGCCGUUUACAUCCUGGUACCUUUCAACGAUCCAGAUGUCGGGCCGCUGAUAAAGACAACAGAUCCAAAAAUCUUCAAGUCGGUCAUUGAUAUACUAUCACCAACAGGUGGAGGAGAUGAUGAGGAGCUGAGUCUUUCAGGCCUUCAGUUGGCUUUAUCCAGCGCUCCUUCAAACUCUGAGAUCUUCCUCUUCACCGAUGCUCCUGCUAAAGACAAACAGCUGAAAAACACAGUGAUCGCUCUCAUGGAGCGCACACAGUCAGUGGUGAACUUCAUGAUUUCUGGCUCAACAGUGGUGAAUCGUUUUAGACGAAGUGACCAGACACAAAUCAGGAUUUCAGAAUCAGAUGCCCAAGUGUACAGAGAACUGGCUCAGGUUUCAGGAGGUUUUGUGAUUGAAGUCACAAAGAGUGAGCUCCCUGCAGCCACCAGCAUCGUCACAGAGUCCUCCAGUCCCUCUCUGGUGACCCUUCUGUAUGCAGCCAGGAGCCCAGGAAAGACGGAAACUUUUUCUUUCAUAGUUGAUGAAACAAUAACAAGCCUGACAGUUUACAUGACUGGGAGCUCCAUCGCUUUCACUGUCACCAGCCCAACAGGUGAAUCUCAAAGCAGCGACAGCUCGGGAUCUCUGAUCAGCUCCUCCAGAUUAGUGGGAAACUUCAGGACGCUGCAGCUGAACAAACAGGCCGGACUGUGGGAGAUAAACAUGGUGUCCACUCACCCCUACACUGUGAAGGUCAUAGGUCAGAGUCCUAUUGACUUCCUGUUUGACUUUGUGGUGCCAUCUCAGGGCCCGUUCUCAGGAUAUGAUGUUCUGGAGACACGUCCCCACGUUGGUGUAAACGGCAGCUUACUGGUGUCUUUAUCGGGUAGCGACACAGCGACUGUGACAGAAGUCGAUCUGAUUGAUUCGUCUGAUUCGGAGGUAACUACAGGAACCGUGGAGCCUCAGGGGAAUGGACACUUCUUGGUUCAUUUUGUCAGGAUGCCGUCAGUGGAGUUUGGGGUGCGGGUGAAGGGGCGGGAUGACGGCAGUACCUCCAGUGGUUCAUCAAUAGUCUUUCAAAGGCAGUCAUCCAUCAGCCUCAGAGCCUCUAAUAUGACCAUUUCUGCUGAUACAAACAGCAUCUUGGUACCAGGAACACCGUUCCCUGUGCCCUUCACUGUGAUGACCAACGGAGCAGGAGGAAACUUCACCAUCCGAGCCACCAACAGCCGGAGUUUUGAGUCAACGUCUCCAACCAGUUUAAUCCUGGAAACUGGAAACAGCGCUAAUGGUACAGUGACCCUCUCAGCACCUCGGAGGACCCUGUCUGGCACCGACGUCACCCUCACCAUCGAGGCAGAAGCUCCGGGAGGCGGAGACACAAACUAUGUCGUGCUGCGUUUAACCGUCAUUAACCCGAUAACAGAUUUCAUCCAGCCGGCGUGUCAGCUGAUCAACCUGCAGUCCAACUGUUCUGAGAACUGCAGCGCAGCGAUGUGGGACCUCCGUGUCCGGGUGACCGACGGAGCUCAGGGGACCGGUGUGGACCGCGUCAGCCUCAAACGGGGCACCGGGAAGCUGACCACCAGCCCGGCCGCCGGCAACGAGAACAUCACGAUGGUUUCUUACAUCUCUUCCUGCUGCUCGCCUGACGUGGAGCUGCUGGUCGUGGAUCGAGUCGGGAACGACGACGUCUGUUUCUUCACUUCUCGGGAGGGUUCGCAAUCUGCACAAUCUGAAUCCACAAGAGUCACACAGUCGACUCUUCUCUGCCUCAGCAUCGUGGUGUUAGGGCUCCACGUAUUGACUCAACUCAGCAUCUAAUGACUCCAAGUUACAUAAGUUAAAGAUGCAUUUAUCUGUACUUUUUUUUAUAUUAAUGAUGAAAUGAUGAAUGAUAAUUUAUCAUUGAAUCAACUGACUGUGAGGCCUGAUAAAAACACCCAGCUCUAAUCUGUUUAGCGUGCUUUGACUCUAUGUUUCAGUAUCACUGCACUGUAAUAAUAAUAAUAAUAAUAAUAAAAAUAAAAAACUGUAGUUUUGCAGCUAUAUAGAUAUAUGUCAACUUGUGCAAUAAGUACAUUGCAAUUAUUUCCCCCCAAGGUUGAAAGGGGGUAUCAGUAGAAAACGGCACUUUAAAAUGUAUUAUUUUUUCUUUUUAUUUGUCCCUUUUGUGUUUGUUUCAAUGUUAAGUUUGUUCAAUAAUAAAAAAAAAUCAAUUUUUAAUCUUUUUUUUAAAUUCCACAAGCAAUCUGUUGUAUUUUAACAGUUUAAUUAAACAUCAGAAAGGUGGAACUGAGUACACUUAAUAUCACAUAUUUUCUAAUAACGUGCAGCUGUAUGUUUUCAUUGAAGCUCUGAAAAACCGACUGUACACUCAAACAUUGCCGUUUUAAUAAUAAAAAAUAAGGAUAUUUUGCACUGUA